AUGUUGGUUGGACCGCGACACGUUGAUUUCCUAAGAUGCCUGCCGUAUUACUUCAAGGCGAAGUGUGGAUUUGCCAAGACCACUCACUAUUCCAUUAAACCACGUUCAAGGGAUCCACGAUGGAGGGACAUUGACCUGACCAGGCAUCAAGAGGUCGCCGAUGUUGUCAUCGUCGGCGGUGGGCCCGCUGGUUUUGCCGCCGCUUGUAGACUAAAACAGAUGGCUAACUUGGACAACCGCCCAGACUUCCGUGUUGUCAUACUAGAAAAGGCUGCAUAUAUUGGUUUUUCAGUGUAAAUCUUUACAAACCUGUAGGUGGACACAUAAUGUCAGGUGCAUGCAUUGAGCCAAAGGCCCUCGAAGAGAUCUUCCCGAACUGGAGGGAGUUAAAAGUACCCAAACCUUCCACAUGCAUUUUAGGCCCCACUUAACACGCCAGUAUUAUCAGACUCCUUUUACUUCUUGACAGAAAAGCACCGAUUUCCCAUUCCUCUUAUUCCAGGUUAAUUGACUACUCGUUGAUCUAAAUUUUAGGUCUCCCCAUGCGAAAUGAAGGCAAUUUUAUCGUUCGCUUGGGACAUCUUGUUGCCUGGAUGGGGCAGCAGGCUGAAGAUCUGGGUGUUGAAGUCUACCCUGGCACAGCUGCAUCUGAGGUUGUUUAAUUGUCAAAAAUUGACGUUAUUCUAGGUACUGUUUGGCAAAGAGGGCCAAGUUAUCGGCGUGGCAACAAACGACGUUGGUAUAAAUAAGGACGGGUCACCGAAAGACACCUUUGAGCGUGGCAUGGAGAUUUUGGCUACACAGACGAUUUUUGCAGAGGGCUGCCACGGACAUUUAACUAAACAGGUACGCUUCCUACCAUUAAAAUAAGCAUAUUAUGUUAGAAGAUAACCGCCUACCUUUGAUAUUGCCCAGAUUGUGUUUGUAAGAGCGAACCAGGUCAUUUCCUAUAGUUAACUGAUUUAAAUUCUUUGGACAUUUUCGUCAUUUUGCGCACAACCUUUACUCAUCUAUGGUGCGCGGACGCAUCUCAACGUUUUCAAGAUGGAGACAGGAGCUCUGUAAAAAGAACUUUAUUAUCCUGGCGUUUCGGAUUCUCACUCAAACCCAUCAUAAUAGACAGAGUCAGUUAAGGGUAGUGUAUUGCCCAGGUGUUGCAGUAGUUGCUAGGCAGAUACAUGACUAUCACAGUUGACAGCUCCCGAGUGCAUCACGGUUCGACUGGCCAAGUGUUAAAGUAUGCAGUUGCUAUGCUCCUGUGUGCCUGCCAGCUGUGAUAGGCACGUAGCGGUCUAGCAACCGCAUCCUUUAAAUAAUGUAACACCUGAGCAAUCCACUACCCUUACCUGACUGUGUCUCAGACGAUGGAUUCAAGUGAGAAUCCGAAACAUCAGACUACUAAAGCUUUUGUUCCAGCGAUCAUGUCUCCUUCACCACAACUUUCCGGGACUCGCCUAUUCACCUCUACUGGCAAAUCGAAACGUUAUUAGUUGAGUCAUCUCCGCCUUCAUCACAAUCUGCAGUUUGCACUUUAUUUGCAAGAUAGACAAGAUAGCUAACCUUUUCUAGGACCGCGGCAUUUCGAUUUAAAAGUCGUUACACAGUCUUUCGGCCAUUUCGACAUAUUUUUCGUGACAUUCACUCUGCAGAUGAUCAAGAAGUUCAGUUUGCGAGAAGACACGAAGCCCCAAACGUAUGGCAUCGGAUUCAAGGAGUUGUGGGAAAUCAAGAAAUCAGGAUGGAGUCCAGGUCAUGUUGAACAUGGUAUCGGGUGGCCGAUGGUGAGUUUUGGUUUUUGUUUUUCUGUUCUGCACCCAAAACACCGUACGUCGGCUAAAUGUUUGAGCACAUUGAGCGCCAUACCUUUGGAAGACCCCAUUUUACUCAUUUGUCAUUAAAAGUGUCUGUCGAGACAUUGAGUCUAGGCUAACUCUUAUGAUGCACUUUUCCCAAGAGCGGAAGACCAUCGUGCCUUCGUAUAAUGUAUUUCCGCAUGCUUAUCUUUUUAAAUUUUUUGCAGUUUGGUUCCUCACGGACGCCCCUAAUUUUCUAACGAUAGUCCCCUAAACAAUGAACGAGGCCUUUCCGGCAGUAAAACAGACAUAAUGAGCUUCUAUCGUUGGCACAUUAGUGCAGCAGGACUUGAAAGUAUUCGAUCUUUAGACUCCCUGAUGAUAGAUUGCACCUGCUGGUGCGCACUCGGUGCCAUUUCAGUAGCUGAUAAAACUUCAUUAUACUUGCCCAGGUAUUUCAACAUUUGCCCGUUAAUUUUACCCACUUUCAGUCUAAUGGCAACUAUGGCGGCUAUUUCAUCUACCAUUACGCUGGCGAAAGUCCGCUUAUAUCGUUUGGAUUUGUAGUAAGUCAUAUUUUUCUCCCAACAGGGAUGUUUGUUAGUGUUUCUUUUGGCACUGGUUAUGCGUUUCCAAGUAGUCAGUUUUUUGAUCGGAGACGCGGGAAUUUCAUUAUACUUGGGUGUUUAUACAGUAAACGAAAAAUCGUGGAUGGGGUUAGUCAUGCCUGUUUUUUCUGAGCUGUCUGCUGUUGCGUACUAGGCUAUAAAAAUACUAUCUAUUGCCCUUUUGCAAGGGAGCUGAAGUGGCUUGUACCUACUAGAGUAGUUUUUUCUUUUAGGCUAUUUCCUAUGAUUCCAGUGUACACCGACUCUCCGUACUAUGAUUCCUCUAAAGGAGUAGUUUGGUAAUUUGAGCACCAUUGUUACGUGAUAUGACUGAUUUCUAAAACUUCAACGAUCGGCCUUACCGUAACAAGUAAAGUUAAAUUAAACCGCUUCUCACACAGGAUUCGUCACAGUGGAGUUAGCACACCGUGCGACUUUACUAGUUUCACGCAUGUUAUGACCUGUCCACCUGAUCUAUUUUUCCCAUAUAUAGCCUGAAUGAGCUUCCAUUAGUCUGGUGGGUGCUCUUUGGCUGACGUAGGUGAAUGUUUCAAUCUGCAAGUGCUAACCCGUUGAUCAAUAUGUCCUCAGUUCUUUAACGCCCGCUAGCACAAAUAGUUACUGUUAUAAUAGCACCAACCAUAUCUCCACGGUUGGAUGCUCCUUGACGACAUAGCUUUCUUGGGUGCCAAGACAUUUCCGUGCCUUCGAAUGCUGCCCCCUCAAUGUACGGUUCUUUCUCGAUCAGUGAACCUUGUGACAAAUUGUUUUGGGAUUGGUAGAGGACGCUUGGGUGUUCUACACUGCAGGGUUGGGUGUGACUGGCUGAUGACGGCCAAUAAGCCAGAAAUGGCCAUUCCAGUCCCCCUUGCCUUUCUCGAUAAUAACAUUCUGUUUUGGGAUUCUCUACCAGUAGGGAUUGGGCUUAUAAAGCCACACGACGACUUACCGUGUUGUUAAUUUUUCUUUGCGUCAGCUUCUUAGCCUGCUAGUGAAAUUGAAUGCUGUGAAUGUCACUUCUUCGAUUGCUAGCCUCUACAUUUUUCACCUCGUCUUUUCGAGGACAUUUAAACUGAUUCUUUAUCUUUAGACUUCCACGGAUGCUUCUAAAUGUUUUAGAUGGGUCUCGAUUAUGAGAAUCCUUAUCAGAACCCUUACAAGGAAUUCCAACGCUUAAAACAGCAUCCGCACUUUGACAGACUCCUGGAUGGCGGAACCCGAGUGGCCUACGGUGCGCGAGCACUGGCUGAGGGUGGCUACCAAUCGAUACCCAAGCUGACUAUGCCAGGCGGCCUGCUGAUCGGUUGUACCGCCGGUUUUCUCAAUGUGCCCAAAAUUAAGGGUGUGCACAAUGCCUUACGCUCUGGGCGAAUAGCAGCGGAGUCCGUGUAUAAGCACAUCAGCGAAGUUGAUACCUCCAAUAAGUCCCUAGGUACUCCCUCCUGGGGUUUAUUAUGUGCCACGUCCCUUUGGACCUAUGACAGUUUAAUCAUUCUCAUAAGAACUGCUUGUCUGUCGAAAAGGUCCCUGACCUCGAAUCAUGUCGGACCGAAUCAACCUCGUCAUUCAGUUAGUGGGUGGCUUUAUCACUGCCAAAUUUGUUUGUGAGUUUAAAUUUAAAACAUAACCGAAGUGUAUACCCACCGAGAGGAAUUAACAACUACUCGAUUUUUACCCGAAAGUGAUAACGACAGAAUCAUACUGCGUCGUCACCUGGGAAUGUCGCAUCCCUCCCUUCCCAAUCAGUAAACCUCUUCAAAUGGCGUCUCUCGCAGGCGGUUAACGCUUUUGCGUAGUCUUGUUCAGCAAAUGCUCGCACACCUGUUUAAAAUCUUCGGCCUCUGUGACUUAACGGUCUCGUAGUUGAAUGUGAUGAGCGAAUGUGAUGGAAGCCGUUACGCAACACUGCAUAUAUUAGCCAAACGCCGUGCGUUGUAAUGUCGCAGGUCAUUGCUUGUGCGGCCCUGCUAUACUGACCGUGUGUACAGUUUUUUUCUGCUAAAUAUCGCACCGAGCCUUCGUUUGGGACAAUGUAAGACCAACAGGCGCCACCCAACCGAUUGGGCUGAUUUUUGUAGCUGUUUAGCCACCUAUGAUCGUGGCCCGAAGACUUAAGUCCAUCCCUUUGCUGUGACCACUGAUGAAGGAGAGUUCGCUUUUGCAUUUCUAUCCGUCCAGCACUGGUUUCUUGGCGACAUCAAUGGCCAGUGAAAAAGGGGAAGACACCUCUGAUCAAACCCGGCUAUUGUACUGGGCCGUGCAAUCCGGUGUUUGGUAGUUGAGUCUUAGUUAGGCGAUAAUACCAGUCAGAGUCCUGAUGACACUAAAUCCUCUAAACUUUCGACUAUGCUUACCUAUAUUUGGCGUUAAUACAUACAAGUACACAAAGGAUGAUAAUGCAUGGGAUUAACAUGUCUUCUGACUCCUUCCGGUCGGGUUCAAUUUGAGUAAAAAUGACAUUGUUAGUCCAGUUUCGUGCUGUCCGUGGGACGUGCCUUGACUGAUUUAGAGCACGGAAAUAGACCCUUCAGUUGGCCGUAAUAUGCAAGACUUUUGGUAGUAUGUUCGAGCGUAAUUCAGUACUGCUGAUAACCACGUUGUGUUGAGAUCCCUGCAAACCUUGUCUGUGCGACUACAGUAUUUAUUUCUUUUUGAGUUUACCCGUACAGUUUUAGUGAACUUGUCAUUUAAACCUAUUGUUUGACGUCCUUUACUUUCCCAGAGGUCGUGUCCUACCCCGUUGCCCUAAAGCAUUCACCCGUUUGGAAAGAGCUGUACAGUGUUCGCAACAUACGCCCCAGUGUGGAUGCCCUAGGGCUUGGCAUGUUUGGUUGCGUACUCUACACUGGCCUGAUUUGGUACCUCCUGCGCGGCAAAGAACCCUGGACCUUUAAGUUCAAAGGUAGAUCUCAACAUAUUAACCAACCUUUUCAGGACGAUUUUUUGCAAAUACAGCCCUCUUUUGUGGGUUUUUCGUGUACGCAGAAUAGUGAUUUAGGCACAGAUGCGGUAGUAUUUAGAUCCUAGUAGAUCUACUUCUUACCAGAUAUCCACCCGUUACCCUUCUUCACUCGCUCUAAACCCUUGCUUUGUUGUUUUUGUUGAAAAGAGCACUGUCACUCAUAGCUCUGCAUACACUCGGAAAGUCUAACCGGACCGGGCUGCCCGCGCCUCGGAUUAUUAAAAAAAUCGGUUAAGCUUUGACCUCGCGGGCGAUUGUUGCGUGGAACGGCCGGAUAAAGGGAUAUUUACCAAUAGCUACUUGGGUAUGGAAACAUGCACCUCUUCAACACAGCAGUCUGAUUUUCCAGAAUUACGCCGGACGGAGAGCCGAACCUUGCUGGAUGGGGGGAAGCAUUUGCCAUGUUGUAAUACCGUCAUGACUUGUAACUCUUUUGUGGGAUACCGAUUCACCGCGUCGGGACACGGAUUCUCUUAAAGGCCUUGGUACUGUAUGACCCCUUACUGUUUAGUCGCAAGACCCGAGAACCUGCCUAUUUCACACUUAAAGUCCUCUGAAGGUCUUUCCAAUUUCUGCCCCGUGUAAACUUGCCCAAUGGCAUACAGCCCGGGGUGGCAAAGAAGCCGCAUCUUUUCGGGGUCAGUCUAGUUCCGUUGACGGAAACCUUUACCUGGUAUUGAUAGGACUCAUUUAAACCAUUUAGUUGAGUACUCGGCUUCUCUGCUUGCCUCUUUAUUUGCACUAUUUACACGUUCCCAGCAAUCUGCACAUUUCAAUUUUGUAAUGCAGUUUGUGCAUUUGCUAUUUCAGAACCGGACUCUAGUCGUCUGAAGCCGGCGAAGGAGUGCAAGCGUAUUGUCUACCCGAAUCCAGACGGCAAAAGAAGUUUCGACCUCCUUACCUCCGUGGCACUCACUGGUACCAGUCACGAUGCCAAUGAACCUCCCCAUCUCACGCUCUACGAUGACACCAUACCGGAAACUGUCAACCUGCCAGUCUAUGAUGGACCUGAACAACGCUUUUGCCCUGCAGGUGCCUCCAGACGGAAGUUUAUUGACAUCCACUGUGAUUUCUUGUUGUUGGGAUCUUACUUGUCAAGUUUGGGAUGUUGUGCCGUGGUGCUCUGGAACCCUUGUUGUUCUAUUUAAAUCCUAGGGACGCCCCCUUUCGUAAUUGUUAGCGGCCAGAGUUUGAAAUCCCCCAACUUUUCCGCGUCCUCAUAAAUGCUUGGAUUGGCUUCCCGUCCAAGGAAAAUCGGUAUUUCGCCGAUAGAAUGAAAACUUUCAUACCGACAGGCGAUUAUUUACUGCUCCUGUGGCCUUUAGCAGCCUUGGGCUGUCCGCAGCAUAGGGGAUCAGUUUGUUCCGAAAAUUUCCGAAAAUUGCAUCAUGAAGCUGAGGCUGUUUAGCUCAUAGACUUACCAAAGAAUCAUCGAACAAGCAUUGGGAUUUGAGCCAGAUGGACUUAAUGCAGGUCAGGAAAAUGUGAAAUCUGGGACAAUCGGUAACUAUGGUAUGGCGUGUUUUCUCAGUCCUAGACUUAGUAAGAAUAACUUCGUUAUGUGUCAGACAAAUAGCCAUCUUGGGGAUUUAGAUGUAUGAUGCAACCAGAUCUGCCUGGUUUUAAUAAAAAAAUUUCAGUCUGAGCGCACUUAGACUGUUGGGAAUGUUACCCUCGGUCCAUACUCUGGUGGACUAGCUGUAAAAUAGGAGUGUAUACGCCUUUGCCAAUCUGUCCCACCGUUAACUUAAGCAACAGUCCAUCUUGGUAUUCUAACUCCAACGAAUUUAGCUCAUAAAUAGCGCUUUGUAUGUCCGUUGGUGACUGUUCUGAACUAUUCUCUAACAUUUCAGGUGUUUAUGAAUACGUAAACAUCGACGGUAAGUCAACCCUGCAGAUCAAUGCUCAGAAUUGUAUUCAUUGCAAAACCUGUGACAUCAAGGAUGUAUCACAGAACAUAAACUGGGUCAACCCACAAGGUGGCGAAGGUCCCUCCUACGACGGCAUGUAA